AUGGCGGGAGACUCUUUAUAUCUCGACCCGCAGAUUAGGGACUGGGUCCUGUUCCCAAUUACGCUCGUCAUGAUCCUCGUCGGCGUCCUCCGGCACAACAUUGUCCAGCUAAUUGCCUCGUCACCCAAAAAGCUCAGUCGUGCCGCUACCAGGGAGCAGCGCGCACUGCUACGGGCGCAGAUUCUGCGUUCCACCGCAAAGUCGUCUCCCAUCCCACCGAGCUACUAUGACUCGCACACAGACGAGCUCACCGCAGCCUUCAAAGCUGGAAACUAUCUCUCCAAGCCCGUCGAGCUCGACCAGGACGGAAAGCCGAUUGCACCAAACCCGACAAGCAUGCUCACCGAUCCUGCCGCCAUGGAGGGCAUGAUGGGCGGCAUGAAGAAUCAGGCCGUGAUGAUGAUCCCUCAAAUGAUCAUCAUGGGGUGGAUCAACUUUUUCUUCCAGGGCUUUGUCCUCAGUAUUCAAACUCCCAUUCCCUCUCACUCUCGGUUUCAAAUCAAUGAUGCAGCGAGGAAUCGAGACGCCCGACAUGGACGUCCGCUGGGUUUCUCCCUUUCUUGGUUCUUCCUCAACUGGUUCGGCUUGAAUGGUCUCUAUCGCGUCCUACUCGGUAAUGAUAACAGUGCCGUAAACCAGCAAGAUCUCGCGAGCUCUCCAUUCGCAGGUGCAGCCGCACCAGCAAUGGGCCAACCACAAGAUUAUAACAAACUCUUCACAGCAGAGUCGGAGAACCUGCAACUCGCACAGGGUGUCUACCACUGGGUGGGCGAAGACAUUGACACACGCAUCCUCCGUCGAUACGGCAAACUUGCCGCAUGA